GAAGCAGUAGAGAGUGAAUCUUGGCUGAAAAGUAAGGAAAAUAACUGUGAAGAAGAGAUGACCCAGCUUGAAAUAAAGCCUGAAGACCGCACCUCCCACUUGAGAGAGAGAAGCAGCUGAAAGCCAUCAGCUUGCACUCUGAGCUCUCAAACAGAGAGGGUGAGGGGGUUGAGAACAGAUCUACGAUUUCACACCCCUGUCUCGGCCCCUAGGCCUGACCAUUCAUUCAAACUCUCAAUAAAAACGGAUUACCAGACCCUGCGCAGGGAACACAUCUGGGAAAACAGCUGCAACCUUGGAGACCAGCACGGGACAAGCUAUCUCUGGGCAAUAAGGAACAACUAAAGAGAAUCCCAGGAACCAGGUAACCAAUCGCCAGAAGCCCUCCGCCCUCAUGAUCCAUUGGGUCAAGGCCCCACUGCCGCCUCGUAUCGCCAGCCUCCAGUCCUGCCUCCACGACGCAACCUUCCCCAAGGCUGGCCGGGUCUGGAUGUCGCCAUCCCCUAUUCCGAGCUACAGACCUCGCAGCUGAACUCUUAAAGAGAACCUCCCUUCUUCCUCACGGUGCUCCAGCUCCGCACAAUGUACUGAGCCUCGUCAGCCACCGUAGGCGAGGUCGCGGCGCGUCCGUGACGUCACUUGUGUGCGCUUCUGCCGCACUAAGGGAAACAUGGCUCUAUCGCGGCCGGUGAGGCUCUUUUCUCUCGUGGCUCGGUUGAUCCUGGUGCCCCGACGAGGUCUCACGGGCCGUAGUCCCGACGAACCCCUGGCGGUGGUGCGCAUUCCAGUGGCUCUACAGCGGCAGUUGGAACAACGGCAGAGCAGGCGGCUGAACCUCCCGAGGCCGGUGCUGGUUCGACCUGGACGGCUGCUGGUCUCGGCGCGGCGGCCGGAGUUCAACCAGCCGGCGCGCCUCACACUGGGCCGCUGGGAGAGCGCGCCGCUAGCCUCUCAAGGCUGGAAGAGUCGACGCGCGCGUCGGGACCACUUCUCCAUCGAGCGCGCGCAACAGGAGGCGCCAGCUGUGCAAAAGCUCUCGUCCGAGGGCAACUUUGCUGACUUGGGCCUGGAGCCGCGUGUGCUGCACGCACUACAGGAGGUUGCGCCUGAAGUCGUUCAGCCCACAACCGUGCAGUCUAGCACCAUCCCCCAACUACUUCGCGGCCGCCACGUCCUUUGCGCCGCAGAAACCGGCAGUGGCAAGACUCUCAGCUACCUCCUGCCGCUGUUUCAACGGCUUGUGGGCCAGCCAAGCCUGGACUCCCUUCGUAUCCCCGCUCCCCGAGGCCUAGUCCUUGUUCCUUCCCGAGAACUGGCCCAACAGGUGCGGGCUGUGGCCCAACCCUUGGGCCGCUCCUUGGGCCUGCUGGUGCGGGACCUGGAGGGAGGCCACGGCAUGCGUAGUAUCAGGAUGCAAUUGUCCAGACAACCUUCAGCAGAUGUGCUAGUGGCCACUCCAGGGGCUCUGUGGAAGGCCCUGAAAAGUCGACUGAUUAGUCUGGAGCAACUCUCGUUCUUGGUUUUGGAUGAGGCUGACACACUGCUGGAUGAAAGCUUCCUGGAACUAGUGGACUACAUCUUAGAGAAGAGCCACAUAGCAAACGGCCCAGCUGACUUGGAAGACCGCUUCAAUCCCAAAGCUCAGUUAGUGCUGGUAGGAGCCACAUUUCCCGAAGGUGUAGGCCAGUUGCUGAAUAAAGUCGCCAGCCCAGAUGCUGUCACCACCAUCACCAGCUCCAAGCUCCACUGUAUCAUGCCUCAUGUGAAACAGACAUUUCUGAGACUGAAGGGAGCAGAUAAGGUAGCCGAGCUGGUGCACAUUCUCAAGCAUCAUAACAGAGCAGAAAGGACUGGCCCCUCAGGAACUGUUCUGGUGUUCUGUAAUAGCUCCAGCACUGUGAACUGGCUGGGAUAUAUUCUGGAUGACCACAAAAUCCAACACCUAAGGUUGCAGGGGCAAAUGCCAGCCUUAAUGAGGGCAGGAAUCUUCCAGUCCUUCCAGAAGAGCUCCCGAGACAUACUUCUCUGCACAGACAUAGCCUCUCGGGGCCUGGACAGCACUGGUGUGGAGCUGGUUGUCAAUUAUGAUUUCCCCCCAACGCUGCAAGAUUACAUCCACAGAGCAGGGAGAGUGGGCCGUGUGGGGAGCGAGGUUCCAGGCACCGUCAUCAGUUUUGUGACCCAUCCCUGGGAUGUGAGCCUGGUUCAGAAGAUUGAGCUGGCGGCUCGCCGAAGGAGAAGUCUUCCAGGACUAGUAUCCUCGGUGAAAGAGCCUUUGCCGCAGCAACCUGAUUUUGACAAAUCUGAUUAAAAUGUGAUGCUAGAACAGGGAUCUUUCCCAGUAUCUUGGGUGGGUGACCACACUUGUGAGUGGGAGGCUCUGGGCUGCCCUCAGCUCCUUGAGGGUAGGAUGAACUGCCAUGUGACUUGGAAAGGUAAGAUGCUAGCCAGCAUUGGAGAAGAAGCUGCUGAGCAUGGCUUUCUGUAGUCUUUCACAAGACACAAGUGGAUUUUGACUUUGUAUCAUGUCAUGAUUUCUAACAAUAAAUGUUUUUAUGUGCCUCCCCUAA